ACACCUCUCUCCCUCCCUCCCUCCCUCCCUCCCCCUGUCAUCAUGUGCGAAACCAAAAGGUCCCCUCCCAGCUUGUCUACGUGUAAGCAUUUUGGCAAACACCUACUGUGCAAACUGUCCGUCUGAUGCCUUCACUCUCUUCUACUCAAUCUUGAUGAGAUCCCAUUUCACCCAAUGAGGAAUGCCUUUGUCUAUCUCAAGCGUCACCGCCAACUCUCUCUUCUCUCCAAUGGCACCGCCUCCACAAUCAUCCGAAAUUUCACUUCCCAGCGCAAUCAAUUUCCGCAUCAAAAAUCGUUUUCUACGGCGCAUACGAGUGUACACGGCGGAAGGCCGUCGGCGGAGUAUGCGAAACUGAGGAAAGAAUCACUGGAAAGUGAAUUUAAACAAGCUCUUAGUUAUAGCUCUAAAAAAGAUUCAAUAAUUUAUAGAUUCGGUCCCCUUUUAGCUUUAUAUAGAGCAACUAUCAUUUCCUUUCAUGUUUUGAAACUUACCGCCUGGCAGUUGUUCGUACACGACAUCAAAAAACGUGCUGUUAAGUUUCGUGAAACUUUGAUCCGCUUGGGACCUUUUUACGUCAAGCUUGGACAGGCUCUGAGCACUAGACCAGAUAUAUUGCCGACUGUGUAUUGUCAAGAGCUUGCUAAACUACAGGAUCAAAUUCCACCAUUUUCAACUCAUGUUGCAAUUAAAUCAAUUGAAUCCCAGCUGGGUCGCCCUAUCACACAAAUAUUUGCUGACAUUAGUCCAAAGCCUAUUGCUGCAGCGUCUUUGGGACAGGUGUAUAAAGCUCAUCUGCAUUCUGGUGAACUCGUAGCUGUUAAAGUGCAGAGACCUGGUAUGCAUCUUUUAUUAACUCUUGAUGCCCUGUUAUUCCGCAUGGUUGGCGGCCAAUUAAAGCGUUUUGCAAAGGCACGCAAGGAUCUAUUAGUAGCAGUGAAUGAGAUGGUCAGGCACAUGUUUGAUGAAAUUGAUUACAUCCUGGAGGGGAAAAAUGCUGAACGCUUUGCUUCUCUAUAUGGUAAUGAUCCAAAAAGUCGUCAAAAUGCUACAAUUGGUAAUACUGUGAAAAAUGAGAAAGAAAAUUGCAUUAAAGUUCCUAAAAUAUAUUGGGAAUUCACUCGCAAGGCUGUUCUUACAAUGGAAUGGAUAGAUGGAAUCAAACUAACUGAUCAAGCUGCCCUGGAGAGGGCAUGUUUGAACAGAAGGAAGCUGAUUGACCUGGGAUUAUACUGCUCUUUGAGGCAGUUGCUUGAGGAGGGCUUUUUCCAUGCUGAUCCUCAUCCAGGGAACCUUGUUGCUACUGACAGCGGCUCUCUUGCAUAUUUUGACUUUGGAAUGAUGGGGGAUAUUCCUCGCCAUUACCGUGUGGGACUUAUUCAAGUGCUUGUGCACUUUGUUAAUCGUGACUCUCUGGGUUUGGCAAAUGAUUUUCUUUCUUUGGGAUUUAUUCCUGAAGGGAUUGACAUACAAUCAGUUUCAGAUGCACUGCAAGCAUCCUUUGGUGAUGGGACAAGACAUUCUCGAGAUUUUGAGGCCAUAUUGAACCAACUAUAUGAUGUUAUGUAUGAAUUCAACUUCUCACUUCCCCCAGACUAUGCACUGGUGAUAAGAGCACUUGGAUCACUUGAAGGCACAGCAAAACUUCUGGACUCUAAUUUCAAAGUUGUUGAAAAGGCAUAUCCCUUUGUAAUAGGGAGGCUUUUGGCAGACUCAAAUCCUGAUAUGAGAAGAAUUUUGAGAGAACUUCUCAUUUGCAAUGAUGGAUCUAUAAGAUGGAAUCGGCUAGAGCGCCUGGGGGAAGCAAUAUCUGAACAAGCUUCAGACUCAACUGAAGAGUCCCCUGAUUCUGAAGGAAAUUCUUCAGAUCCGCUGGGAUGGAAAUCAUUUGACAUGCGUUCUGUUGUUAAUGCCACAGAAGAUCUUUUGCUAUUCAUUCUAUCUGAAAAAGGUGGCAGGGUGCGCGUUUUUCUUCUCCGUGAUGUGAUUAAAGCGGCAGAUGUUUUUCUACAGGAUGAAGUUGCUGGCGUGUUAAAUGAGAAACCUGAAGCAAGAGAGGCGUCAGACUCUGAGGUAAAUGCCACGCACACGAGAGUUGCCAAGGGUUUUCACUAUCUACGUCAAGCAGUAAAGCUGGCCCCAGAGUUGUGGACCGCAAUGCUUAUACGCAUGGCAUUGAAGCCCGAGGUUCAUAGAUUUUCCUUUGACAUCAUUUCAGCAUUAAUUAUGCACUUCAGCCAUAAACUUCCUGAAACUUUUUGGAUUUGUAUGUCUAGACAUCUCCACAAGUUGGUGAGAAACCACACGUCUGAUGAACUAUAAUAACUGAUACAACCAAUCUAGCAGCUCCUUUAUGAUCA